AUGGCCAACAAUAUGUCCUUACUCCAGCUGACACAAAAAUCUGACUACGAUAAGUGGAGCAUGCAGAUGAAGGCCUACCUCGGAUCCCAAGACGUGUGGGAUGUAGUUCAAGGUGGCUUCGAAGAACUAGAGGAUUUUGAUGAACAAACAGUCGCUCAAAUUGCUGCGUUUAAAAAAAUAGGAGUCAAAGAUAGGAAAGCUAUGUAUGCAUUGUACCGAGCUGUGGACGACACAGACCUUGAGAAGUUAGGAAAUGCUACGACUUCAAAAGAGGCGUGGGAGAUCUUGGAGAAAACAUAUAAGAGAGAUGACUGCGUGAAACAAGUUCGUCUUCAAGCUCUCGGAGGAGAGUUUGAGAGGUUGUUGAUGAAGGAGAACGAAGGGGUAACCAAGUUCAUAUCUCGGGUGGAGACUGUGGCAAACCAACUUGGCAAGAAUGUGGAGUCGUUGCCUGCAAACCGAGUUGUGGAGAAAAUUUUGAGGUCAAUGACAAUUAACUUCGACAACAUUGUGUGUGCUAUAGAAGAAUCCAAAGACCUCUCAAAGCUCACAAUGAAGGAGCUUGCUGGGUCUCUAGAAGCCUAUGAACAAAAAAGAAGAAAGACGAAUGAGGACUACUUUGGCCAAGCUCUCCAAGCAAGGACAAAUUUCAAGGAGAAAAAGGUGUUUGGAACUCAGAACACUCGGGGCAAAGGAGGAAGAGAUCAUGGGAGUCAAAACUAUGGUCUUGGAAGCAGAGAAGAGGUUGAAGAACAAGCUGGAAUACUAUUGAAGGCUAGUAGCGAAGCGAGCUCGGCACAUGAUGUGAAGAGCUCGACACAUGAUAUGAAGAAUUUGGAAAGGGAGGAAACUAAUAAGGAUGAGAUUUUGCUAACAAGGAGCUCGGAUAUCGAGCUUGGUUCGAACUCUAGCACAAACACCGAGAUUGCUGGACAUGUGUCAUUUGGAGACGCUUCCAAGGUGAUGGUAAAAAGACGAGGUACGAUAUGUUUUUCUCAAAAGAAUGGACGAAUUGGGACAAUUCGGAAUGUGUACUACAUACCCGACCUCAAAACCGACAUAUUGAGUGUGGGGACAGUUAAUGGAAAAAGAGCAAGCACCAGAACUGAGUAUGAAGUGAAGGAACAACUCGACCUGGUGCAUACAGAUGUUUGUGGACCAAUUACUCAUGUAUCUUUCAGUGGUAAGAGGUAUUUUUUAACAUUUAUUGAUGAUUUCUCUCGGAAGAUAUGGGUUUAUUUUUUGAAGGAGAAAUCUGAAGUAUUUGGAGUAUUUAAGAAAUUUAAAGUAAUGGUUGAAAAUGAGACGGGCACAAAAAUUAAAGUUGUUCGGUCAGAUAGAGGAGGUGAAUACACAUCAGCCGAGUUCAUGAGGUACUGUGAGGAGCUUGGCAUUAAAAGAUAUUUGAUAGCUUCAUACUCACCACAACAUAAUGGAGUUGCUGAAAGGAAGAAUCAGACAAUUUUCAACAUGGUUCGAGCAAUGUUGAAAGGUAAGAAUAUGUCAAAAGAAUUUUGGGCUGAAUUAGUGCAGUGUGCAGUAUAUGUGCAGAACGGGUGUCCUCAUGCAAAGCUCAAUGGACAGACACCACAUGAAGCAUGGAGUGGAAAGAAACCAUGUGUAUCUCACUUGAAGGUAUUUGGAAGUGUAUCAUAUGCUCAUGUUCCAGCGCCACAAAGAACCAAGCUCGAGGACAGGAUCCAUGUCUACAAAUCUAAUUCUCGGAUGGGCCAACCAAAAUGGCAGCAACCAAUAACCCUUGCUGCCAAUCCUGAUGCUAGCGCUUACGGGAUUUCCUCACAGUACUUUAACUGCAUCAAGUGUUCUCGUGUUGGGUCGCGCAACACAUCAUGCGUGAUGGGGUGUGGAAAUAAGCAAGGCACGCAUCUUCCAAAUGAAUAG